AUGACAGUAUAUUGUGUGGAUGUUCAAGCAGUGUUGUUGGCACCAAAACUAAAUGUAUCCAAAGUAUAUUACAAGAUCAAACUAAAAUUUCAUAAUUUUACUUCAUACGAUCUUGUGACGCGACAUGGUAGAUGCUACUUGUGGGAUGAAGUCAAUGGUGGGCUAGAAGCAGAAGCUUUUGCAUCUCUUUAUAGUGACCUAAUAAAUACAGAAUUUCAAAGAUCCGAAAUCAAUUUGACUAAGAUAGUGUUAUGGUCCAAUGGCUGUUGCUAUCAAAAUCGAAACCAAGUAGUUGCGAAUGCAAUUUUGCACUGUGCUGUUACACUUGGAAUAGUUAUUGAGCACAAGUAUUUGGAACAUGGGCAUACUUUCAUGGAGGUAGAUUCAGAGCACAGUGUGAUUGAGAGAAAAAUACAGAAAAAAGAUUAUAUUUACAUUCCUGCUGAGUAUGUCAGCAUAAUUGAAUCAGCUCGAAAAAAUCUAGGGCUAUACGAAGUACACAGUCGCAACUACAACUUUUUCAAAGAUUAUUCAAAAAUUCAAUACUACUCAAGCAUACGACCUGGAAACAGGGAUGGUGAUAGCAUCGUAAAUGAUAUUCGUUGCUUAAAAUAUAAUCCUAAUGGCACCAUUGAAUAUAUUGUACGAUGA